AUCCAUUUCCGGAAGUGACUGAGUUUGUAGUCUUCUGCUCCACACUGACCUCCGCUCCCAACAUGGCUGGUGUCCGAGCCCUUGGUGUUCUCUCCAAGCUGUCAGCGAGGAGAUAUGCUCUUAUUUCAGGCAGCAUCUAUCGCUCAUUCUCCCUGGCUCCUGCCAUGCUAGCUCGGACCCACGUGAACUAUGAGAUCAAGGAUGACGUGGCCGUGGUCCGAAUCAACGAUCCAAACUCAAAGGUCAACACGCUGUCGACGCAAAUGCAAAAGGACCUGACGGAAGUCAUGGAGGAAGUGUGGGCCAACGACGCCGUCAAAAGUGCCGUUCUGAUCUCCUCCAAGCCUGGAUGUUUCAUCGCUGGGGCCGAUAUUAACAUGAUCCAGAGCUGUAAGAGCGCAGAGGAGGUCAGCAGACUGUCUCAGGAAGGCCAGAAGAUGUUCGAGAAGAUUGAAAAAUCUCCCAAACCUGUGGUUGCUGCCAUCAACGGCUCGUGUUUAGGAGGAGGCUUGGAGUUUGCCAUCGCCUGUCAGUACAGAAUCGCAACCAAAAGCAAGAAGACAGUUCUGGGUACUCCUGAAGUCAUGCUGGGCCUCUUACCUGGAGCCGGAGGCACGCAGAGACUCCCCAAGAUGGUGGGUCUUCCUAACGCCUUUGACAUGAUGCUGACGGGAAGAAACAUCAGAGCGGACAAAGCCAAGAAGAUGGGGCUGGUCCACCAGCUCAUAGACCCCCUGGGACCUGGAUUGAAGAGUCCAGAAGAAAGAACCAUAGAAUACUUGGAGGAAGUGGCUGUGGAAUGUGCCAAAGGGAUCGUUAACAAGAAGAUCGCUCUCCACAAAGAGAAGAGCAUGAUGCAGAAAAUCCAGGACUAUGUGAUGAGUUUUGAGUUUGUGAGGAACCAGAUUUACAAAACGGUCCAGAGCAAAGUGAUGAAGCAGAGCAAGGGGCUGUAUCCGGCACCGCUGAAGAUCAUUGAAUGUGUGAAGGUGGGAGUGGAACAAGGGCCAGUGGCCGGAUACCUGGCUGAGUCUCAGAAUUUCGGUCAGUUAGCCAGAACCUCCGAGUCUGCGGCGCUCAUCGGUCUGUACCACGGACAAGUGGCGUGCAAGAAGAAUCGCUUUGGGACCCCUGAGAGAGAAGUGAAGACGCUGGCCAUCCUGGGCGCCGGUCUGAUGGGAGCAGGUAUCGCUCAGGUGACGGUGGACAAAGGCGUGCACACCAUCCUCAAAGACACCACCCAGGCUGGACUGGCCAGAGGGGAGCAGCAGGUCUACAAAGGGCUCAACGACAAGACCAAGAAGAGGAGCAUCACAUCGUUUGAGAGGGACGCCACGCUGUCCAACCUGACGGGGACGCUGGACUACAGGGGCUUUGAAAAGGCCGACAUGGUCAUCGAGGCCGUCUUUGAGGACAUCAGCAUCAAGCACGCCGUCCUGAAGGAAGUGGAGGCUGUGGUCCCCCCUCAUUGCAUUUUUGCCAGCAACACGUCCGCCCUCCCCAUCAAGGAAAUCGCAGCUGCCAGCAAGAGGCCAGACAAGGUGGUGGGAAUGCACUACUUCUCCCCAGUGGACAAGAUGCAGCUGCUGGAGAUCAUCACCACGGAGAAGACGUCCAAGGACACCACCGCCUCCGCCGUGGCGGUGGGCCUCAAGCAGGGAAAGGUCAUCAUCGUGGUCGGGGACGGACCCGGAUUCUACACCACCAGGUGUUUGGCCCCCAUGUUGGCUGAAGCGGUGCGGGUGCUGCAGGAAGGGGUCGACCCUAAGAAACUGGACGCACUGACCACGAGCUUCGGGUUCCCCGUGGGGGCCGCCACGCUGGCCGAUGAGGUCGGCAUCGACGUGGCGGCCCACGUGGCCGAGGACCUGGGGAAAGCCUUUGGUUCCCGCUUUGGGGGCGGAAACGUGGAGGUUUUGAAAACCAUGGUCGACAUGGGAUUCAAAGGUCGUAAGUCAGGAAAAGGCUGCUACAUCUACCAGCCCGGAACCAAAGUGAAAGAAGUCAACCCGGAUAUUGGAGAAAUCCUGGAGAGGUUCAGGAUGACCCCGAAACCCGACGUGUCUUCUGACUCUGACGUGCAGCACAGGCUGGUUUCCCGCUUCGUCAACGAGGCGGUCUUGUGUCUGCAGGAAGGCGUCCUGAACAGCCCUCUGGAGGGAGACAUCGGGGCCGUGUUCGGCCUGGGGUUCCCCCCCUGCCAUGGAGGUCCUUUCCGCUUCGUGGACAGCUUCGGGGCAGACAAGCUGGUGCAGAAGAUGAGGCAGUACGAGGCCGUCUACGGGAACCAGUUCACGCCGUGCCAGCUCCUGCUGGACCACGCUAAAGACUCCAGUAGGAGGUUCCACCAGUGACCCGGCCCCCCCACGGGCCGCUAGCUCUGAAGAAGACUCCCGCUUUCAGUGCCUGACGUUCAGAUGGGUGUGGCGUACACUUUGGGCCUUCUUUGGGUUCAUGACCUCCUCCAGAUCCUCCACCGUUCAUCGAUCUAGAAGGUUUAGGAGGAACAGCUGGAACCUCUGGAUUGAAUGUUCUAACGGGCUUUUAACCUGAUGAUGGCCUCAGAGUGUCCGGACACUGAACCUGAAUGUAACUUUCAAACACCGACUUGAUGUAUAGAUUAACGGGUUAGUGAGUCUAAUUAUUUACAACUGAUAUCUUCAAGGUUGAUCUAAAACCACGAAUGGUUGUCGCUGGCGGGUUUUCAAAGUUUGAUUAGACAAAGUCUCUUUGUUUUUUGUACAUUUAAGGCUUUGCUGC